CAUAUUGUGCAUUCGCUUUAUCCCUUGCUAUCGAACAAAGAGUCUUCUUCUUCUUCGUCCUCGUCAUGGGUGACGGAAGUGGGAGCCGGUGGAGCAGGGCGGAGUGGGUGCAGCAGUACGAUCUGUUAGGGAAAAUCGGCGAAGGCACUUAUGGUCUCGUUUUUCUUGCAAGAACCAAAACCCCCUCUCCCUCCAAAUCCAUAGCUAUCAAGAAGUUCAAACAGUCCAAGGACGGCGAUGGGGUUUCCCCCACCGCCAUCCGAGAAAUCAUGUUGUUGAGGGAGAUUACGCACGAGAACGUCGUGAAGCUCGUCAAUGUCCACAUCAACCACGCCGACAUGUCGCUCUACCUCGCCUUCGAUUACGCCGAACAUGAUCUUUACGAAAUUAUUAGGCAUCACAGAGACAAACUCAACCAUUCUAUUAAUCAGUACACGGUUAAGUCUUUGCUCUGGCAGUUGCUCAAUGGAUUAAGUUAUCUGCACAGUAAUUGGAUGAUACAUCGAGAUUUGAAGCCAUCAAAUAUAUUGGUUAUGGGCGAAGGAGAGGAACAUGGAGUUGUUAAGAUUGCUGACUUUGGACUUGCAAGGAUAUAUCAAGCUCCUCUGAAGCCGCUAUCUGAUAAUGGGGUUGUUGUAACUAUUUGGUAUCGUGCACCAGAGUUGCUUCUUGGAGCAAAACAUUAUACCAGUGCUGUUGAUAUGUGGGCUGUGGGAUGCAUUUUUGCUGAGUUGUUGACCUUGAAGCCACUAUUUCAAGGGGCAGAAGUCAAAGCUACCUCAAAUCCCUUUCAGCUUGACCAACUUGACAAGAUAUUUAAGGUUUUAGGCCAUCCCACAUUAGAGAAGUGGCCUUCGUUGGCAAGUCUUCCACAUUGGCAACAAGAUGUGCAACAUAUACAAGGACACAAAUAUGACAACACCGGUCUCUAUAAUGUUGUGCACCUAUCUACAAAAAGUCCUGCAUACGACCUAUUGUCAAAGAUGCUUGAAUAUGAUCCUCGGAAGCGUAUAACAGCAGCACAAGCUUUGGAGCAUGAGUAUUUCAAAAUCGAACCAUUACCUGGACGGAAUGCUCUUGUACCUUGUCAACUUGGAGAGAAAAUUGUAAAUUAUCCCACUCGUCCCGUGGAUAACACAACUGAUCUUGAAGGGACAACCAAUCUGGCAGCUUCACAAGCGAUAAGGGAACUGCUUGGAGAAAAUGUAGGUGAUAGUUAACAUUAAUAAAGUUCAAUUAGAUGGUGCCAUGAUGUUUAUGAACAAUUUCGGUUUUGCUAUGUUCGGUAGAACAUAGUUGCCUUUGUGUAUAGCUUGCCAGUUCGUGACAAUUCUAAAAGUCUAUUGUGAACAAGUUCGAAUCAUAUAUGGAUUGGUAAUGACAAGUCAUAGUUGGUAUUAAUGACUUGUGAACAAGUCGUACUUGAAAACUUUUAGAUGUUAUGUUACAUUACAAAAGUUGUACACAUGAAAAAUAACAACCUAAUUAUGUAACGAUUUAUCUGUAUAAUAUACAACUUAGCUAUAUUAUUUCAUUAGAUAAUUAGUAAAACUUUAGAAUUUCUUAAAAAUAUUUGAAGUAAACUAUAGGUAUGUUUGAGUAAACUUCAUAAAUCUUUUAGGAAAAGAAAUAAAUAAAAUAAGUUUUUUCAAAAGCUAAAUUCACUCAUGCAUAAGUUAAAAAUAAGCUUUUAGAAAAGUCAAUAUGAAAAUUUCUGUAAAUUAACUUAUGCAUUAGUUGCUUUUAGCUUUGGAAGGAACUUGUGUUUUUAUUUUCUUAUUUUCUUCUAGAACUGUUUUUAUAGAAGUUUAUUCAAACAAAUCCUAUGUCAUAUACAACUUGCAUAAUAUGUUUAAUUAACAACUCUAAAUGUCAUACAUUACAUAUACAACACACAUAUUUGGUAAUAUAAAUUCUGUAAGUCCUAACUAUAUAAUUGCUUUAAUUGUAAUAAUUAUAUAACGAACUCAAAUAUUACAACCAAAAUUUGAAAAUGAAGUUCAUUAAUUUACAUGAUUAGCUUGGUUAUGCUCCACAUUGAGGGAUCUUUAAACCAAAUCAUGCUCAUCAUGUAAACGUAAAUUUUAUUGUCAUAUUGUGGUUGUGAUAUUUUUAAUUUAUAAAUAGAAAAUAAGGCCUUAAAAGUAUGAAUAAAUUAUUCAUAUGGUAUUUUUUGAUCCAUCUAUUUUAA